CGAGAUAGGAUAAUGCUCAAACCCUUUCCAAAUCUUACUCCAUUGUUGAACCCACUUUCAUUUCUUCUCCUCCUCCAAAAACAUACCUCAAAUGGAUGCUCUAUUCAUAAACCCAUCUCUUUCCCGCACAAAACAACUCAACAUCAAUCAAUCUUCACAAUCCCAUCUUCCUCUCUCAUCCGAAUCCCCCUUCCUUCACCUCCGCCGCAAUCUUCAACCCAUCCGCCUCCAAAUCCGAUCCUCCUCCGAACAACAAACUCUCGAUCAAUUUCAGACCUACGAAGAUUACGACCAAGAAGAAUCAUACGGAGAAGUAAGUAAAAUAAUCGGAAGUCGAUCAAUCAAAGAAGGAAAAGGAAUGGAAUAUCUAAUCGAAUGGAAAGACGACCACAAUCCCACAUGGGUUCCAUCCGAUUUCAUUGCGAAUGAUGUAGUCGCCGAAUACGAGACUCCAUGGUGGACAGCAGCUAAGAAGGCCGACGAAUCUGUGUUGGAGAAGCUUAUUAGUUCCGGCGAUGGAAGAGAUGUUGAUGCUGUUGAUUCAGACGGUCGUACUGCUUUAAUCUUUGUUGCGGGUCUUGGUUCAGAAUCGUGCGUUCGUUUAUUGGCUGAAGCUGGUGCUGAUGUGAAUCAUCGUGAUAAUAGCGGUGGUUUGACUGCGUUACAUAUGGCUGCUGGUUAUGUUAGGCCUGGAGUGGCCAAGGUUUUGAUUCAGUUUGGAGCUAAUUCAGAGGUAGAAGAUGAAAGUGGUCGGACACCAUUAGAACUGGCGAAAGAGAUCUUAAAGGUGACGCCAAAACUACAAUUUGCAAAACGGCUAGGAUUAGAAAGUGUAAUAAAAGAGUUGGAAGAAUCAUUAUAUGAGUUUUCCGAAGUUGAAGAAAUCAUGGAGAAGAGAGGAAAAGGGGAGUAUUUGGAGUAUUUGAUCAAAUGGAAAGACGGGGGCGAUAAUGAGUGGGUGAAGGCGGCCAUGGUAGCGGAGGAUCUUGUACGAGAUUUUGAGGCCGGGCUGGAAUACGCUGUGGCGGAGAGCGUAAUUGGCAAAAGAAUUGGUGAUUCUGGGAUUGAAUACCUUGUUAAAUGGACAGACUUAGAUGAAUCCACUUGGGAGCCCGAGGAAAAUGUCGAUCCUGAUUUAAUCAACAGCUUUAAAGAUCUUGCAAUUAAGUAGUUAUUAUGUAUUAAUUAAUUAAUUAUUGUUACUCAUUUUGGAAGAGUUA